UAACUAAAAGGUACUUUAAGUUCCUAAAAAUAAAAAAGUUGAUUUCGGAAAAAAAAAAUCUUUCUUUUCACCCAUGAUUCCAAUGUGUUGAAAAAAAUUGGCGCGAGUCAGUGUUCUUGGGCAAGUGUGCGCGCAUGUGGUCUUUGUUGUCUGUAUUCUAAGCAAAGAUGACGGAUAAAGACGGAGGUUUUGAUGAUGCAGUGGAGGAGCGAGUUAUCAAUGAAGAGUACAAAAUUUGGAAGAAGAACACACCAUUUCUUUAUGAUUUGGUCAUGACUCAUGCCCUUGAAUGGCCUAGUCUAACUGCUCAGUGGUUACCAGAUGUCACUCGACCUGAAGGAAAGGACUAUUCGUUGCAUCGGCUGAUUCUGGGAACACAUACCUCAUCAUCUCCCGAUUCGAACAACUCUCGGAUCUGCUCUAGGUGGCAUUCUGACAAUCUGGACAGAUCUGAUGAACAAAAUCACCUACUUAUUGCUAGUGUGCAGCUGCCUAAUGACAAUGCACAGUUUGAUGCUUCUCAUUAUGACAGUGAAAAAGGAGAAUUUGGUGGAUUUGGUUCAGUGAGUGGCAAAAUAGAAAUAGAAAUCAAGAUAAAUCAUGAGGGUGAAGUGAACAGGGCUCGCUACAUGCCCCAAAACCCUUGUAUCAUUGCCACUAAAACACCAUCCAGUGAUGUUUUAGUUUUUGAUUAUACAAAACAUCCAUCUAAGCCUGAUCCUAGUGGUGAGUGUAAUCCUGAACUUAGGCUUAAAGGACACCAAAAGGAAGGCUAUGGACUUUCCUGGAAUCCUAACUUGAAUGGCCAUCUGUUGAGUGCAUCUGAUGAUCACACCAUAUGCUUAUGGGAUAUCAACACUCCCCCCAAAGAAGGCCGUGUUAUCGAUGCUCAUACAGUAUUUACAGGCCAUACUUCAGUUGUUGAGGAUGUUGCUUGGCAUCUUCUUCAUGAAAGUUUAUUUGGGUCUGUUGCUGAUGACCAAAAAUUAAUGAUUUGGGACACGAGAUCUAACAAUACAAGUAAACCCAGUCAUACGGUGGAUGCUCACACUGCCGAAGUGAACUGCUUAUCAUUCAAUCCGUACAGCGAGUUUAUUCUUGCCACUGGUUCAGCUGAUAAGACAGUUGCAUUGUGGGAUCUGCGUAAUCUCAAAUUAAAAUUACAUUCAUUUGAAUCACACAAAGAUGAAAUUUUCCAGGUUCAAUGGUCUCCUCACAACGAAACUAUCCUGGCAUCAAGCGGUACUGAUAGACGAUUGCAUAUUUGGGAUCUAAGUAAAAUUGGUGAGGAGCAAUCUGCUGAAGAUGCAGAAGAUGGUCCCCCUGAGUUGCUGUUUAUUCAUGGAGGUCACACUGCCAAAAUCUCAGAUUUUUCAUGGAACCCUAAUGAACCUUGGGUCAUCUGCUCAGUUUCUGAAGAUAAUAUUAUGCAAGUCUGGCAAAUGGCUGAAAAUAUCUAUAAUGAUGAAGAACCUGAAACACCAGCUGGAGAACUAGAAACAGCCAGAUCUUAAUGCUUACACACAUUACUGAACAUUGUUACAUAAUUCAUAUUGCUUCACUUCCAUCUAUAGUUGGGUUAAUGAAAUAAAGACUGAAGUGAUCUUUCUGCUCUUCUUCCAUGAAACAUCCCUUUUGGAAUCUCUUCCCUCUCCCUCUCUCAAGUGCAGCCUAUUACACAAUAGACCAUUCUCUUACUCUCUGACCACUAUUCCUUCAGUCUGUUUCUCUUAUCACAAUAUCUAUUUGCAAUCAACCAACACCAUUUUUAUGUGGAAAGUCCUAUUGUGUUUCUCAUUGCUUUAGUAUUAAAAGUAAUUUUUUUUCUUUCACUUAAUUUACUCGAUCUAUAUGAGGCAUGUCCUAUAACGAUAUUCCUGUUAUGUAAAUAAAUAAUACAACACUUUUUUUUUUCUUUGUGUGUUGUAUUCUAUUCUCCUUUCUGCUGAUGUCGAACCUUUUGUAUUUUUGAGAAGCAAUGAAAUUAACAUUUGUGGGUUUUAUGUAUGAAGAAACUUGGGAGUUAAUUAUUUUUGAUGAUUUGUAGGCAUGGCUUCAGGUUCAGUCAUACUGCAUGACACCUUGUGCAAGCUUUUUUUAUUAUAGCCCCAGACUAACCAAUACUUUCUAAAUAAAUUUGGUAAACAGAAACUGGGAGGCUGUUGUGUGUGUGUGUGUUUUAACUUUUUUAUAAGUGUUGGUUGGCUAAUUGCAACAGAAAAUUGUUAUCUCUCCUUACCAUGCCCCCAGUGUUUAUUCAAGAAAUAGGUUACUUGUACAGCUUGCUAUUUUGCCUGACUCUAGUAGUUCUGCCUAUUGGUAACAUUCCAGUCUUCAUUGUAGUUAGGAGACACCAGCUUUGGAUUUGAAUAGGACUAAAUGAAAAGUACUUUUUCUUCCAUUCCUGACUAGUUUGAAAAAAGAGAUAGCAUGAAGUUGCUAUAAGAAGGGUUAUUUCUAUGGCUUUUGACAAAGAAGGCAAAUCUGGUUGUACACAACUUGCUAGCUGAAGGUACAAAACCCAUUGUGCAAAACACCAGAUGACGCACACGAAGUUAGUAGCAUAUUGGGUUAGAUGUGGUCUACAAAAAAUUUGUGUAGCAGCUACACCAUCCAGCUGUAGGAAAAGUAAUGUACAAUACAGACAUUAAGUAGUUCACUUUGGGUGCAGCUACUUGAGCAGUGUUUUCUGAACCUUGAGAUUGGAGUGCAUUUGAUAGGCAAAAGCAAAAAGGAAUCUGUUGUGUGAAUGCUGACAUGGCCAAUGUCUGCUGGCAGAAUGAAUUAAUCCUUACUUUAAUAAUUGAGGGUUGGUAAGAAAAAGCUAGCUAUAAAAUCCUCUCGGAUACAAUUCCAUGCAAACCUUAUGCUGAAAUAUUUCCUGUUUAAAAUAUGAAGACAUGUAUGUGUAGAUUGUAGUUUGUAAAUGGCAAUGCAUUGGCUUGACGAAAUUUCUGAUCUAAAAAAUGGUUAAAAUAUUUUCCAAGGUUCUCGAGCUUGAUUAUCAGUCAAGUCUUUGCCAAAGAUUUUAAGAGCAAGGUGUUUAUGGAGAGCAGUGAUGUCACAUUGAAAGUGUAGAAGGAAUAUGUUUACAUUCUUAUUCAUGCUGUUAAGAAUAAAAUUUAUGUUAAUGACAAGCCCUGUUAAGACAUAUAUGAUAAUAGAGCUGUCCACUACAGUAAUAGCUUAAUCCCUGACCUACAUAACUUCCAAGUAUUCCAUGCUAUGAUUGGAGGUGGAAUUGGGUAACAUAUGUGAUCUAGCUGAUACUGGAUUUGUCCAGGUUGAUGUAAGAAAUCUGACCUGUUUAACAUUUUACCUGGUGAGAGCAGAUUACAUGUGAUGUAAUUUGCAAAUGCAUUAAUAAAAUUGUAC